UUUCUGAUUGUUUUGAAUUAACGUGACAUGCCUCUGUUUAUAGGAAGUCACUUUCUAAGGCUCAAUAGCUUACUAAAGAAAUUCCAAUGUUAACCUUUGACAGUCAGACAAGUGUUUGAUGAUUUGGAAUCUCAUUUCUGUAUUUUCUGGUGUUUCAGAAGGGGGAACCAGGAUCAUUCGACCAUUCUGUAUCUAGUCUUAGGAAUGUGCGUAACUCCAUGUCAGGGUACAUAGAUGCUUGUUUGUGAUGGCAUGACAUCCAGGUUUGAUUAGGAACAAGGAGAUUUUCAAUUGAGUGUAGAAAAUUUUCAAUGACCGACAGUAUCUGGUAGAUGAUAUAUACUUCUUUUGAUCCCCAGGCUACUAAAGGAUCACAUAAAUCUUAGGUCCCUAUGUUCCACUUACGGUUCGCAUUAACAAAAGAAAAAGAGAACUGAUAUAUAGAGUGGCCGUUGUCCGUUCCAGAUGGCUCAUCACACAGCUCGUCACUCAAUAAGUCGCUCAAUGGACUGGCAUAGUGCGGCAGACAGGAGGGCUGACUCUUCUAGUAUACCUGUAUUUUUGCAUGGAGAUCUCGAUAUAUGGAUUAAGGAAGCAAGAGCUCUUCCAAAUUUGGAUCUAGCUUCCGAAAGGAUGAGAAAAUGUUUUACGAUGUUUGGUAGUUGUGGUCCUUGUGGAUGUCAAGUAGAAAAAAGAAGUACGUCUCCAGGUAGGCUUUCAGGAAGGUCUCCAGGUAGGCUUUCGGGAAAGCAAUCUGUAAUUACAAGUGAUCCCUACGUGUCCAUAUGUCUCCGAGGGGCUACAGUCGCGCAGACUAGAGUAAUUUAUAACAGUGAAAACCCGUCAUGGGAUGAGCAUUUUAGUGUGCCAGUUGCUCAUCCUGUAGUAAAUGUAGAACUUCAGGUCAAAGAUAAUGAUGUUUUAGGGGCCCAAUUAAUAGGUGUCGUGAGGAUACCUGCUGAGAAAAUUCUGUUGGGCGAUGAUAUUGAUGGUUGGUUUCCUAUAGCAGGACAUUAUGAAACAACUUCAAACUCUCCACCUGAGUUGCAUUUUUGUGUUAAAUUUCAGCCAGUAGAGGAAAACCCUCUGUACAGAGAUGGUGUUGGUGCAGGCCCAGAAUACACAGGGGUGCCAAGCACUUAUUUUCCCCUUCGUAAAGGAGGAAGUGUGACUCUUUAUCAAGAUGCUCAUGUACCUCAAAAUAUGCUUCCUGAAAUUCCACUUGAUGAAGGAAAAUCUUUUCGACAAAACCAAUGUUGGGAAGACAUAUGUCAUGCCAUGACUGAAGCUCAUAACCUGAUUUAUAUUACUGGUUGGUCAAUAUAUCACAAAAUCAAACUUAUAAGAGAGCCAACAAGGCCAUUACCCUCUGCUGGUGAACUCACCCUUGGAGAGUUGUUGAAAUACAAGUCGGAAGAGGGACUCCGUGUGAUUUUGCUGGUUUGGGAUGACAAAACUUCGCAUGAUAAAUUUCUUUUUAAAACAGAUGGUGUUAUGCAAACUCAUGAUGAAGAAACCAAAAAAUAUUUCAAACACUCGAGCGUACAUUGUGUGCUUUGUCCUCGAUAUGGUAGCAGUAAGCUUAGCAUUUUUAAGCAACAGGUUGUGGGGACCCUUUUUACGCAUCACCAGAAGUGCGUUCUUCUUGACACCCAAGCGACAGGGAACAAUCGGAAGAUUACUGCUUUUAUAGGUGGAAUUGACCUAUGUGAUGGUCGAUACGAUACUCCUGAACAUAGGCUCUUCAGCGAUCUUAGCACUAUUUUUAAAAAUGAUGUUCAUAAUCCUACUUUCACAUCUGUUAUCGGUGGACCAAGGGAACCCUGGCAUGAUUUACACUGUAAAAUUGAUGGUCCCGCGGCUUAUGACAUAAUGACUAAUUUUGAACAAAGAUGGAGAAAAGCUGCAAAAUGGCGCGAUAUCAGGUUUAGACAUGUCAGACAUUGGCACGAGAAUACUUUGUUAAAGAUAGAUCGACUUUCUUUCAUACUAACGCCCAAGCCAGGCCCUGAUGGCGACCAUGCUGUCCGUGUUAACACGGAAGAAGAUCCCGAAAAUUGGCAUGUGCAGGUAUUUCGUUCCAUUGACUCUGGAUCUGUUAAGGGUUUCCCAAAGGGUUCCAAGGAAGCUGAGGAGCAGAGCCUUGUCUGUGGCAAAAACUUAAAGGUAGACAGAAGCAUACAUACCGCAUAUGUAAAAGCAAUUAGAUCAGCACAACAUUUCAUAUACAUAGAGAACCAGUAUUUCAUCGGAUCAUCAUAUUACUGGCCAUCAUAUAAAAAUGCAGGUGCGGACAAUUUGAUCCCUAUGGAACUGGCCUUAAAAAUUGCUAAUAAAAUAAAUGAAGAUGAACGCUUUAGUGUGUAUGUUCUGAUUCCAAUGUGGCCAGAGGGCAUUCCAGCCAGUGGUUCCGUCCAAGAGAUAUUGUAUUGGCAGGGACAGACGAUUUCUAUGAUGUACGGUAUUGUUGCAGAGGCUCUUGAAAAAGCAGGCCUUGCUGAGGCUCAUCACCCACAGGAUUACUUGAACUUCUAUUGUCUUGGUAAACGAGAAAUUCUAUCUCCAGACUAUAUAUCUCGUCAUAAUGGUCCAAAUGAAUACCCGAAAUUAUCUCAGAAGUAUGGAAGAUUUAUGAUCUACGUCCAUGCCAAAGGAAUGAUAGUUGAUGAUGAAUACAUUUUGAUGGGAUCAGCAAACCUAAACCAGAGAUCUUUGGACGGUUCAAGAGACACAGAAAUUGCUAUGGGUUCUUAUCAACCAAAGUACACAUGGGCAAGUCAAAACAAGCGUCCACGUGGCCAGGUAUAUGGAUAUCGCAUGUCCCUCUGGGCUGAACAUCUUGGGAAGCUUAAGAGAUGUUUCGAAGAGCCUGAAUCACCUGAAUGUGUAGAGUAUGUGAACAAAAUUGCACAAAGCAACUGGGAUGCUUUUGCAGGAGAAAAGAACAUGGAGUUAAAGGGACACUUAAUGAAAUAUCCAAUUCAAGUAAGUAGAGAUGGGAAGGUUAGUUCAUUGCCUGGACAUGAAUCAUUUCCUGAUGUUGGUGGUAAGAUUCUUGGAGCUCCUACAAAUCUUCCUGAUGUCCUAACCACUUAAACUACACGACUAAUAAUUAUAGCUGACGCUGGUUAUGGAUCAGCAUGUAAUCACCUCGAUUGUGUCAUGGCGUUGAUAAAGUCUAUGGUCAGGACCUCCUUGUAAAGAACCGACACUGCAUUUUGAGGGAGGCUCUGUACUUUAUAGAGAACGUUCUAUGUUGUUACCAUUUUUAAUGUUGAAAAUAAUG